CGUCAGGGCCUACCCCUUCAGCGGCAGCGGGACCUCGACUGCCACGGGAAGGCUUUCUGGCCUCGCCGGGCCUGCCCCGCGGCCUGCCCUCAUCUGCCCGCCUCGCCGCCUGCAGCGCCCGGGCUGUGCCUCCCUCAGGUCUGACAGAAGGAUAUCUUUUUAGGUGGAUGAUGUAGCUAGCUACUGGGUGUCUAAAGCAGCUGUGGCCACCAAGAAUCUCAGCAGUGACCUUGGGCAAGGAAGAUCUAAUGUGUUCGUAAGGUGGUAUCACAAUGGAGGUCUGAUCUGAUGAAACCGCAACUAAUGCCGAUGCCUGCCUAUGAUGGGAAGAGAACACAGGCCACAGAUUUGGGAUUGCUGGCCUCUUAUUAGUUGGGAUGAAAGACGGCAACCACAAUCUCUAACCUCAUCUCAGAACUGCCAGAGGAUAACUGUAGAAACCGCUUGGGCCACUGCAAAGUCUGGCCACAGGGAUGGGCAGGCUGCAUUUCCAUGGUUUGGAAUGGAUAUCGGUGGAACAUUGGUUAAACUGGUCUACUUUGAACCUAAGGACAUUACUGCAGAAGAGGAACAGGAGGAGGUGGAAAACCUGAAAAGCAUUAGGAAAUACUUGACCUCCAAUACAGCCUAUGGUAAAACUGGCAUUCGCGAUGUCCAUCUUGAACUGAAAAAUUUGACUAUGUGUGGACGUAAAGGAAACCUGCACUUCAUCCGCUUUCCCAGCUGUGCCAUGCACAGGUUCAUACAGAUGGGUAGUGAAAAGAACUUCUCCAGUUUGCACACUACGCUCUGUGCCACAGGAGGUGGAGCUUACAAGUUUGAGGAGGACUUUAGAACGAUUGCUGAUCUACAACUCCAUAAACUGGAUGAAUUGGACUGUUUGAUCCAGGGCCUCCUUUAUGUUGAUUCUGUUGGUUUCAAUGGCCAACCAGAGUGCUAUUAUUUUGAAAAUCCUACAGAUCCUGAACAGUGCCAGAAAAAGCCUUACUGCCUUGAUAAUCCAUAUCCUAUGCUGCUGGUUAACAUAGGCUCAGGGGUCAGCAUUCUAGCUGUGUAUUCUAAGGACAACUAUAAGAGAGUCACAGGAUCCAGUCUUGGAGGAGGAACGUUCCUGGGCCUGUGCUGUCUGCUGACUGGCUGUGAGACGUUUGAAGAAGCACUAGAAAUGGCCGCAAAAGGAGACAGCACCAAUGUGGAUAAGCUGGUGAAAGAUAUUUAUGGAGGAGACUAUGAGCGGUUUGGCCUUCAAGGGUCUGCUGUAGCCUCAAGCUUUGGCCAUAUGAUGAGUAAAGAAAAGAGAGAUUCCAUCAGUAAAGAGGACUUGGCCAGAGCUACUUUGGUCACCAUCACCAACAACAUAGGUUCUAUUGCUCGUAUGUGUGCAUUGAAUGAGAAUAUCGACAAGGUGGUAUUUGUUGGCAACUUUCUCAGAAUUAAUAUGAUUUCUAUGAAGGUGCUAGCAUAUCAUAUGGAUUAUUGGUCCAAGGGACAGCUGAAAGCUCUGUUUUUGGAACAUGAGGGUUAUUUUGGAGCUGUUGGGGCUCUUCUAGAAUUGCUCAAAAUGACAGAUGACCAGUGAUGAAGCUGUCUGAAGAGAUUCCUACUGCAGAUGCUGCUGGAGAAGAGCGAAAGCCACUACAAGGAUGGAAAUGAAGCCAUUAUGGUAGUUUUACCUGCUGGAUUUGUAAAUAAUUUAAAAUCCUUUUAGCUGAUCUUUAACUUCUGGGUUUUGAGCUUCUACUUCAGAAUUCAUACUGGGAAUAACAAGAUUUUUUUUUUUCUGUACACUGUAUUUUUUAGGGGAAAAAUGUGCAAAGUGGCCAAACAUCCAGAUUUUAUGGAUUUAUUUUAAAAAGUGGAUACUGUUUAAUGUAGGACCUGUGAUAUGAGGCAUCUGCUUUUCUUCUGGGGUUUACUGAUUAGUGUGGUAAUUUUAACUUCAUUUAGUAAUCACUCUAGGAGAUUUUUUUAUCUUAUUUUCAUGACGUCUCAUGAUUUGUUCUUGGUUUCAAAUGAAACUACAAAGCUGAUGCAUUUUACUGUGAAAACUAGUCAUUGAUCUUUUUGCCUUUCCUUUCCUCAUUAGAUGAGACACUUUUUUAUUUAACACCCCCCUGCCCCUCCUUCCCGCCCCCCCAACAAAAAAAAAAAAAAAAACACAAGCUUUCUGUGACUACAUGGGUUUCUUGGCAAGACUGCGAGAAAACUUGGCCAGGGGGGUUAAGAUUGUAAUUUUUCAGCAGUCGUGACUUGCAACAGGAACAGACUGCUAACUGGUUUUGCAGGACUAAUUCUCCUCUAUAUUAAAAACUUUAAACAAGAUGCAAACUAAAAUUUUAGUUAUUGGCUUAACACUGAAAUGAAAUCCUGUUUCUGUUGAAAAUCUCCGAUCUGUAUGAAGAGUUCUGUAGUACAGAUGUUAUUUAUAUGGUACAUACUUGGCGUUAGAUGACAAAGGGAGGAGAUUUGUUUUCAUUUCUUUGAAGACUUUUCUGUAGUCUGGAAUUUUUAACUUGAUCUUAAUCAAAAACAACUGAUAGCUGCAUUAUUCAAAGCCCAGUUUCUAAAAUUAGAAAAAUACUGGCUAAUGUAUUUUCUGGUUUUAAACUAAUGUUAACUUUCCCUCCAGGACACUAAGAUUUGAGUGUUUAUUCCAAUACAGUAUUUUCUACCUUUAUUUGUGGACCUCUCUAGAUUUUUUUUUUUUCCAGUUGAAUUGAGACCCCUUUGAAAUCUAUGUACUUAGGUUGUUGCAUAGCAUGUAUAAACUUGCUUUUCUUUGACACCAUGAGGGCUCACAAAUCAGAGGCUGAAAAACAGUCCAUAAAAUAUUUUGUCUUGCAAAACUGUAUGUGAUGUCACAUAAUGUAAAGGGCUCAUCAGAGGGACAGUAUAAAAUUCAGACACGUAUUAUCCAAUAUCUUUUUGGAAGGGGCUUUAUUUCACUUUUUUAAUAGUCAUUAAUUUCCGUAUCUCCCAAAUGUUGAAAUAAAUUCAUAUUAACCGAAGUGUUAACUUGUCUGAUGGAAAUAAAGACCACUACUGUUUUGACGGUUUUAAUGUA